AUGUCUGAGCUAUCAACUAUAUGCGAGAAGAUGUCGAUGGAGUCAUUUCGUACGGACGUCGAUUCCCCACCCACCUUGUUUCUGGUCAAAGACUUCGGAUGGCCCACAACGUCCGCCCGCUAUCGUGGGGACCACACCCAGGAAAGCAACCCAGACUGGGAACACGACCCCUUGGCAUGCACAAAAUUCAAGGAAGAGGCGAUGAGGAAGAUGGAGUCGUGGCUACCACUCAUGCCAUGA